AAGAUGCAGUAACGAACAUUAUUGACAAUUUUAAAUUUUUGCCAAAAUUAUCACAAAAUUUCCUUGAAAUUUUGGAUGAUGACGAAUAUUAUGAUGUUAAUAUUGAAGUUGGUAAUAACCCUCAUGUAAGAAUAUUUCACGCUCAUAUGGUUAUUUUAAGUUACCGUUCUCCUUACCUACGACGAAAGUUGUCAACUAAUAAAAAAAAUAAUGACGGAACUUUGGCACGUAUUGAACUUCCCAAUAUUUUACCAGAAAUUUUUGAGAUAAUUUUAAGAUACAUUUAUGGCGGAAAACUUUCUUUAAAGGAAUGUGAUACGUCAAAUAUAAUUAAAUUACUAGUUGCCGCUAAUGAACUAAGUCUCCAGGAGUUAGUUAUCUAUAUUUAAUCCUUUUUAAUUGAAAACAA